UGUUAAUGUUUGACUAGAGGAAAGGAGGGACUUGCUUAACCAUAUUUACGGCUGCUUCUUUGGCAACACUCACAGUUCUUCUGUAGCAUGAGGUAUCUGUCUGUUCUCUGAAAAGGAUUUAUCUAUUGAAGUGUACAAGACAGAUUAAAGUAAUGGAGGUGCUGGUGCUGAUAGACUUUCAGGGCGUCAUGGGAGAUGAGAUGACAGUGCAUGCGGGUGAUGUGGUGAAAAAUGUCACCAAGACCACUGAGGAGGGUUGGCUGGAGGGAGAACUGAGGGGAAAGCGAGGCAUCUUUCCCGCUAACUUUGUCAAGGAGGUGCCAGUGUAUUUGAUUGGAGACAGCAAGAGAGAACCAAGAAGCUUACGGAAACCAAAGAUGAAUAAACAAUCCAGGAAGUGUGAGGUGGCCUUCGCCUACAGUCCUUCAAAUGAGGAUGAGCUGGAACUGGUUGUUGGGGAGACCAUUGAGAUUCUCGAUGAGAUUGAAGAUGGGUGGUGGAUGGGAAUGAAAAAUGGCAAAGUUGGAGCAUUUCCAUCAAACUUUACCAAAGAGAUAUUUGUCGCUCCAAAAGAGCAUAGCGAGAGCAAAAUCAGACCAAAACUUUCAGAUGCAAUGUUCAAUAAAGAGACAAAGCUACUUCAGAAGGCCAGUGUGAGGAACAAAACAAAAAAUGUAAAAGAAUGUUGUCAAGUGAUGUUUGACUACAAAGCCCUCACCGAGGAUGAGUUGGAGUUGAAAAAGGGAGACAUUCUUACAAUCAUCACCAAGGAAACAGAGGAUGAGGGCUGGUGGGAGGGAGAGCUAUACGGACGCAGAGGUUUUUUCCCUGACAACUUUGUCAUGGUGAUACCGCCAACGGACGCUCUCCAAUCUGGGAACAUAAGUCAACUGCCAGUGCGACAUGGCACAGACCGACGCUCAGUAAGAGCAGAGGCUUCAGUGAUGGAAAAGGGCAGCCCUGCAAAGCCAAAAGAUGAGAAAACAGAGAGUAAAGACCUAAGAAUCAACCCCCCAAACAAAGUCAAGCUCCCUGCUCCUAACAAACCAGGAUUACCACCACCGGUGAAGGACAAGCCUCACAGCUUUGUUUCUGGCAAAGUAAAUGGCGAUCUCCCUACACAUUCACCGGAGAAAGACACAGACCAGUUUGAUGGAGUGGAGGUGUCCCCUGACAAACUGAAUCAUCCCACAGCCAACAGGGCCAAACCCCCACACAGACGACCGCCAUCCGCCCUCAUCACCGGUCCACAGGGUGGUAGCAACCAGGCAGAAGCUGAGAAAUCGCCUGUGCUUUGUAAGGUUGGAGAAAAUCCCCACUCGAAGCUUGAGCAGCCUCCCAAGAGUCAGCUAACCUCCAAGACAGUGCUCCCUAAAUUAGUAGUGGAUUCCAGGGCUGCCCAGGAGAAGCCCAGUCUGGACAGGCUACAGACAGAGGUCAAGGAGUUAAAGAUGGCUCUGGAGCUUCUGCAAAAUAGACAUGAACGAGAUAUACAGGAAUUGAAAGAGGAACUGAGAGACGAGAAAAACAAACGCACAGCACUGCAGGAAGAAGUACACAGUCUUAAGACUAAAUAUUGCAGUGCAGUCGAUACAUCUAAAUAAACCUCCGCUAUUACAUUUCCUUGAACACUUUGGAAUCCAUGGCGUUUUAAUGGCAUGAAAGACGGAAUGGAAAGGAUACAGGUCUGCUUCCUCUACUGACAGACCACCUGAGGCCUCACAGAAAUAAUUUUGGCCUGAAUCAUAUUAGCGGCCAUUGGUUGAUUUCCCAGAAAUUUCCCAGAAGGUGCAUUUAAGUAUAUUCAAGAGACAUGCACUGCACUCCUUCAAGGAUUAAAAUGAGCAUCUAUUUAGCAGAAAUUACAUGUACAAGAAGCACUUUAAGAGUAUGUAUAUUUUAGGUUUGAGAUAUUUAACUUCUUGUAAUAUCAUAUCGUUUUAUAAUUGUGACUUACUACAAGGGAUAUAGGAACUGUGUGAACCAGAAUGACAACAUGAACGCAAUUGGUCAAUGGUCUGCUGUAGAAGAGUGCUGUACUUUCAUUCAUUGACCAAUGAGAUUCACAUCUUCUGAUUUCUUAAUGUAUUUGUGUUAGGUAUUUUGUUGAGGGAAUGCUGGAUUGGAUGAGGAAGGAGCCGAUUUAAUUUAAUCAAACUUUUAAAGUUAUUUUCAGCAACAUUCAGCAAAUUGGAUCAAUCAUUAAAGUUUUACAAGGUUUUGUGCUAUAAAAAGCCAUUUUAUGAAUCCCCAACUUUAGAAAAUGAAUACAUUUUAUAUUAAAUAAAUGAUAUUGUAUAUUUCAUUGACCGAACAAUAUCAACCCACAAUACAUAGGAUGACUGGUUUUAUACCAUGAAUGUGGGCUAUGUUCUCAUUGCUUCUUUUUAUAACAGUAUAUUGUGGGACUAUACUUCAGGUUUUUUCAGAACAUGUGCUGACUGAAGUACAUCUAUUGUGCAAGCUAUCACUGUAUAUAAGAAUAAAUGUUUUGUGAGUCUUUUUUAGAAGACUAAA